CCAUGAAAAGAGGCAAUUCUCUUCCAGCCCCUUCUGGUUGCCCUUCUGCAACCCGGGGCCGACCUCAGGGAGGGCCCUAAGCUGCUAGGCCUAUGCCUCUUUCCCAGCCCCAGCCAAGACCAAGCUAGGAGCUUAACCAACUUCGGGGUCACCCCCAGAACUUCGCGGGUCACAGGCUAGCAGGGGGAUGGGGUUCUUGGGCUGGUCCACUGGUUUUCAACUUAUUUUACCAGUACUGUUUGUACUUGGAGUAGGAGAGAAGGAAAGGGGAGCAGUGAUCCAGCCGUUACAGGCACCCCUGCCUUCUCGUGUCGGGGGCAAGAGGCCACGACCUGUAAGUUCCUGCCCCCUCCAGCCAUCACUGCCCUACCUCCGCAGGGUAUCUUUAAGUCUCCUCUUUGGAACCCGUUUUAGCCCGAGCCCCAGGCGUUGGGACGGGGUAGGGUGCCACCACUUGCUACCAAUGGCUUCCUGUGGGCCGAGGAGUAGGUCUCGCCCGGCGCGGGCGAGUCGAGUGAGGACAGGGUGGGGACAGCGUCGCGGAUGUUCCCCGUGGUACCUCCACUGACCUCCGAAGGACGAGCGGUGAGGACAGCGUCCCCGGGACUCCGGCAGGUGGCGCUGCCGAGACUGCUCCCGCCCCGCCCCGCCCCUCCCGAACCGGGCCGGGCCGGGCCCCGCCCCAUCCACGCCGGGCUCCGCCCCGGCGCCGCACUCGGAAAUGACCUAAGCGGCUUCGAGGCCCGACCAGCCACUCCAGCUGCUGCUGCGCGGCGGCCGGGGUCGCGCGCACCAUGCUCUCCGAGCAGCCUCCCGGCACGCGGGCGCGGCGCCGGCCCGGCAGGUGCUGUCAUUAGUCCCACCCCAGUAAAGAGCUGCUGGGGCUGAAUGGUCAUGGGGGAGCCUGGUAGAGAGGAGUAUAAAAUCCAGUCUUUUGACGCAGAGACUCAGCAGCUGCUGAAGACAGCACUCAAAGAUCCAGGUGCUGUGGACUUGGAGAAGGUGGCCAAUGUGAUUGUGGACCAUUCUCUGCAGGACUGCGUCUUCAGUAAAGAAGCAGGGCGCAUGUGCUAUGCCAUCAUUCAGGCUGAGAGCAAGCAAGCAGGCCAGAGUGUCUUCCGUCGAGGACUCCUGAACCGGCUGCAGCAGGAGUACCAGGCUCGGGAGCAGCUGCGAGCCCGGUCCCUGCAGGGCUGGGUCUGCUAUGUCACCUUUAUCUGCAACAUCUUUGAUUACCUGAGGGUGAACAACAUGCCCAUGAUGGCCCUGGUGAACCCCGUCUAUGACUGCCUCUUCCGGCUGGCCCAGCCUGACAGUCUGAACAAGGAGGAGGAGGUGGACUGCCUGGUGCUCCAGCUGCAUCGGGUGGGGGAGCAGCUGGAGAAGAUGAACCGACAGCGCAUGGAUGAGCUCUUUGUCCUGAUCCGGGAUGGCUUCCUGCUCCCAAGUGGCCUCAGCUCCCUGGCCCAGCUGCUGCUGCUGGAGAUCAUCGAAUUUCGGGCAGCCGGCUGGAAGACGACCCCGGCUGCCCACAAGUAUUACUAUAGCGAGGUCUCCGACUAGGCCUCCCAGUCAGGCUGCCGCACCAGAAGCACCAGCCUCUCACCUACCCGACUUCCUGCCUCUCCCAAAGACUGUCCUUCCAGACUUUCAACAGCUCCUGAGCGGUUUCCCACUUAUGCUGUGGUCCUGCCCCGAGCACCUUCCCUUCUGGAUUCGGGAACUGGGGAAAACACCAAACAGACUUGCCCCCCACUGUCCCAUCACCUCCAACCUGGGCCAGGCAGAGAAAUGCAGCUUCUAAGAACCACUGCCUUGUGUAGCCACUGGUGCAACAGCCAUCUUGGUGCCUCAGUUUCCCCAUCUGUAAAAUGGGUACCCAUAGCUACUGGUGGGAUACUUUGGGAUAUCAAGGGGCAGAGCACAAGUCCCACCAGAGAGUGCUUUUUACAUUUUGUACAAGGACCACUUCGGAAGCAAACAUAUUUCUAGUCGGUUUUAGUAAACGGCAGCACCCCAUCACAUGCUACACCAGUUCAGGGUGACAGUUUUCUAAUAAAGCUUUUCUAACAUUAAAA